GUGGCCGCAAAGGGGGCUCGGGGCUGGCGGCUCGUGGCUCGCGGCUCGCGGCCAUGGAGUGGGGCUUGCAGUCGGCGGCCGUGAGGCGGCUCCGCGUUGGCGGGGAGCGCCGAGGGAGCCCAGCUGCGCCGGGGCAGGAGGAGCGGGAGGCCUCGGAGCAGGGGCCGCUCCUCGGGUCGAGCUCCCGGGACUGGACACGGAGGGGGAGCGACGGUGGCCGGGCCGCGGGGUCCGGGUUGUCGGAGGCGCGCGCCGCGCUCGCGCUCCUUCUCUACCUGCUCGGGCUGCGGCUGCUCGUGCAGCUCUCCCUGCGGCAGCUCGUGCUGCCCGCCUCCUCGGGGCCCCGCCCGGAGUUCAGCGCGCUCCGAGCCCGGAAUUAUCUUGAACAUAUAACUUCUAUUGGUCCCAGAACUACAGGAAGCCUAGAAAAUGAAGUUCUCACAGUUAACUACCUCUUGGAGCAGAUUAAACUGAUCAAAGCUGAAAGCAGCAGCAUUCACAAGAUUUCAGUAGAUGUGCAACGACCAACAGGGUCCUUCAGCAUUGACUUCUUAGGAGGAUUUACUAGCUAUUAUGAUAACAUAACCAAUGUUGUAGUAAAGCUGGAACCUAGAAAUGGAGCCCAGCAUGCAGUACUGUCCAAUUGUCAUUUUGACUCAGUAGCAAAUUCUCCAGGUGCCAGUGACGAUGCAGUUAGCUGUUCAGUGAUGCUUGAAAUCUUACGAGUCUUGUCAACAUCAUCAGAAGCCUUACAACAUGCUGUCAUAUUCCUCUUUAAUGGAGCUGAAGAAAAUGUCUUGCAAGCAAGUCAUGGCUUCAUUACUCAGCACCCCUGGGCUAACUUGAUUCGUGCAUUUAUUAACCUAGAAGCAGCAGGUGUUGGAGGAAAAGAGCUUGUAUUCCAGACAGGUCCUGAAAAUCCUUGGUUGGUCCAAGCAUAUGUUUUUGCAGCAAAGCACCCUUUUGCUUCAGUGGUGGCUCAGGAGGUUUUUCAAAGUGGAAUUAUUCCUUCAGAUACAGACUUUCGCAUCUAUAGGGAUUUUGGCAGCAUUCCAGGAAUAGACUUGGCUUUUAUUGAGAAUGGCUACAUUUAUCAUACCAGGUAUGAUACAUCAGACAGAAUUCUCACUGAUUCAAUUCAGAGAGCAGGUGACAACAUUUUAGCUGUGCUUAAAUAUUUAGCUACAUCUGAUAGACUGGCUUCUUCCUUUGAGUAUCGGCAUGGAAACAUGGUUUUUUUUGAUGUGCUUGGCAUGUUUGUCAUAGCUUAUCCAGCUCGUGUUGGCUCAAUAAUUAACUAUAUGGUUGUAGUAGCUGUUGUCCUAUAUUUGGGCAAAAACUUUUUGAAGCCCAAACAGAAGGCUGCUAAUUACACAAAGGAUUUCUUCUGUGGGCUUGGAAUCACACUGAUAAGUUGGUUUACCAGCUUAGUUACUGUUCUUAUUAUAGCGGUGUUUAUUUCUCUUAUUGGACGUUCUCUUUCAUGGUAUAACCACUUUUAUGUCUCAGUCUGUCUAUAUGGAACUGCAGCUGUGGCUAAGAUAACAUUUGUGCAUACACUUGCAAAAAGAUUCUAUUAUGUGUACAAAAGUGAACAAUACCUGGGAGAGGUGUUUUUUGACAUCUCGCUGUUUGUGCAUUGUGGCUCUCUUUUUCUGCUCACUUCCCAAGGACUGUGUUCUGCAUUUAUCAGUGCUAUCUGGGUGGUGUUUCCAUUGCUCACAAAGCUGCUUGUCAAUAAGGAAUUCAAGCAAAAUGGUGCCAAAGGAAGAUUUAUCAUGAUUUAUCUUCUGGGCAUGUUUAUUCCGUAUCUUUAUGCAUUGUACCUCAUUUGGGCAGUGUUUGAAAUGUUUACACCUAUCUUGGGAAGAAGUGGUUCAGAAAUCCCACCUGAUGUUGUGUUGGCUUCCAUUCUGGCUCUCUGUGUAAUGAUUUUGUCUUCCUAUUUUAUUACCUUCAUCUAUCUUGCCAGAAAUACAAAGAUGACAAUCUUAGCUUUGGCUUCAGUAUGUGCAGUUACAUUCCUUCUUGUUUGCAGUGGCAUCUUCUUUCCAUAUAGUGCUGAUCCUGCUAAUCCAAAGCCUAAGAGAGUUUUUCUUCAGCAUUUAACUAGAACAUUUCAUGGCUUGGAUGGAAAUGUAGUGAAGAGAGACUCUGGAAUAUGGAUUAAUGGAUUUGAUUACACUGGAAUGUCUCACAUCACUCCUCACAUUCCUGAGAUCAAUGAUACCAUCAGAGCCCCCUGUGAGGAGACAGCUCCCCUCUGUGGUUUCCCUUGGUAUCUUCCAGUACAUUUUUUAAUCAGGAAAAACUGGUAUCUUCCUGCACCAGAAGUUUCUCCCAGAAACCCUACUCACUUUCGACUUAUAUCCAAAGAGCAAACCCCCUGGGAGUCUAUGAAGUUAACCUUUGAAGUAACAGGUCCUAGUCACAUGUCAUUUUAUGUCCGAACACACGAAGGGUCGGCACUCUCCCAGUGGUCUCUUGGCCAUGGGACGCCGAUUACCAGCAGAGGAGGAGAUUAUUUCGUUUUUUAUUCUCACGGACUGCAGGCUUCUCCCUGGCGAUUCUGGAUAGAUGUGCAGGUCUCAGAAGAACAUCCUCAAGGAAUGGUCACUGUGGCCAUAGCUGCCCAUUACUUUUCUGGAGAAGACAAGAGGUCUCCCCAGCUGGAUGCCUUGAAGGACAGGUUCCCAGAUUGGACAUUUCCUUCUGGUUGGGUUUGCACCUAUGACCUCUAUGUAUUUUGAUCUUCUCUGUCAGGUUGUAGGAACAUGGCUAGUGUCAUAUUCCAUUCCUGUGCAAUAUGGAGUAUGACCCAAGGCAGGGAGUUGGCCUGAUUCAGCAGUUAUUAUUCGGUGCGCUCUGUUGCUUUCAAGUGUGGUAUGGAAGCCGAGCUUCUUCAGAUUGGUGGGAAAACUCCACUUGACAAGUAAUAGUUUUGCUCUGCCUUGCUUCUGCUAGAAGAGAGGCUGGGGAAAAGCUUCAAGCAGCAGAACGCUAGGUGGUAUGUUGGGGUGUGGCCUUUUUGAUUCUUGAAAGUGCCAGGGAGUAAAGCCCAUGUGGGUAUUGCCAUUUGAAAGGGUGUUUCAUUUUAUGACCUUUAAAAAAAAAGGGAAAAAAAGCAAAACUCAAUAAGUGAUUCCCUCAGGAACAUUUAGAAAUUAGGUGAUGCUGAAUUAGUGUUAUUGAGGGUAAUAGCAUUUCUGCUUUAAAGCCAUAGAGCAUUUUUGUGUUGUUCAGUGGGUCGAACAACAUGAAGUAGUGAUUCUAAUUAGAACUGAGCUGCAUAGGGGGUAAUAUACUUGUGAACAGAUGGUUUCUCAAAGUCCCUUUCCAGCUCAAACAAACUGUAAUUCUUAAAGAAAUUGAAGAGUGCCCAUGCAUUAUUGCACUUGGAAUAUUCACUAAUAUCGGGAAUUGCAUGCCAGUGUCUUGGAUCACCAAUGUGUAUCAUGGCCUUGGUCUUUUCAAUGCCUUAUAUUCUCCUAGACAUCUGUGUACUUGCUCUUGAAUAUACCACUUUAGGGAAUGGAGAAGCCAAGCUUUCUCUUGGGUUCUCACAGGCCUUUCUUUUCAGAGUAUUGUUAGUACUGGGUCCAGACAGAGACAGCUACAAGAUGACCCUGACUUCCUGCAUCAGAGCACUGAGCUGCCCCUUUGGCCUUUUUUAAAAAAAUGUGGUUGAAUAUUUUAUAAAUAUUUAUUCUAAUUUCCUUAUUAUGUAGGAUUCAUUAUUUUUCUGGGUUAUUUCUGUAUCUUUUAGAUGUUUAUUUAUGCAGAAGACACUGCACUGGGUUCAUGUUGCAUUCUAUUGUAUGAUUAGUUCUAUAAAUCUGUUCCUUUAUUAUCUAGCAUGACUAGUUUUCCUUGAGUUGGAAGACUUCUUUUAAUAAGAUUGGACACCUGAACAUACUGUGAAAAUAUGAUAGUGCCCAGGAAUUUGGUAUUUUAUUUGUAAUGUUUUUUCAUUUAAAAAAAAAUGUAUACAGCUUGUUGGUAGCUCUCCAGCAGUAGAAAUGCCUUGGUGCGAAUUGAGCCCCUAUAGCAGACAGAUUUAACCAGAUGGAUAGUAAACUCUACUAGAUUUUCCUUAAUUAAAAAUAAAAAAGUGGGCACAGAUAUACUUGUUGAGUUUCAACAAAUGCACAGGCCUAUUGUCUAAAAAUGCAUUUGUUUUCAUUGAGAUAAAGUGAAUGAGGCCCUUUAAUUAGAGAAGAAAAACAUAUAAGUGUCUACCUCUCUGAAAUGAGCACAGUCUAUACAUCCAAUUGAAGUAGGAGUAGGUUGGAGAGAAAGAGUGGUCUGUUUUCACAAGCUGGGGACCACAGAAUAGGAUAGUUUGCUUCUCUGUAAGUUGCCUGCCUAAGCUGUGGCUCAUUCAAACUAAAGUGAGCCCUGUAGACAGCAGUCAGCAUGCCUACCUGAAUGCUAGAUGUCACAAAGGCUGGCUAAUUGCAGCAUUGCUUUUGGAGCCUUUGCUGUUUGUAAGACAUGGCACUUUCCAUUCAUAACCCACUUCAAAGGCCUGCAGAGUCUGCUUCUGGCUCCUGCGAGGCCUUUUGAUGAUAGACCAAAUUUCUGUGUUUGUGUUGCUGAAAGUCUGAAGUCUGAAGUAUUUGGGAACAGUUGUUACGAAAAUGAGAUGGCUAGAACAGAGAUUCUCUAGAAAUCCCUAAAUAGGUGCAGAUUUUGUCCUUGUGCUUAACCUGAAAUCUGAAAUAAAUGACUAGACUUAUUAGGAAUAGAUAUAACUGUCCUAGAAAGCAAAAUAGUAUUCCCCUUGUAAAUUUUUCCUGGAUAAGGAGGAAUGCUGCUACUCACUUUUGGUGGUAAUCGCGAUUUUCUUAAGAGUCUUCAUUUAGUUGUCUUGAUCAUUAGGAAGUUUGGCUGUCAUAGGAGUUGUUCUUUCCAGGUGGUCAGCACAGAAUGUUAAUGCAAAGAUUCCAUUUACAUGUUACAUGCCAGAAAUGUUCAAAUAAAUAAAACACUCAGA